UCAUCAUCCUGUGCCUCGUCCUCUCGACUCCCGCCGCCGAUGGCUACAGCUUCCCCCAGCAGUACACGAUGCAAUAUUGGGCCAGAAGACUGGAACAAGAGUUUGAUGGCGUGAUGAGGAUAUUUGGUGGUGUUCAGCAGCUCAAGCGGAUCUACGAUGAGAAAAAAAAUCUGUUUGGAGUGAAAGAGAAUGUCCCAGAGAAAAUAGUUGAAAAAGUGGCAGGGGACAUUGAGAGUCUCUUGGCCAAGAAAGUCCGGGCACUGAAGAGACUGGCUGAUGCAGCAGAGAGGUUUCAGAAGUCCCAUCGCUGGCAAGACAACAUUAAGGAAGAGAAUAUUGAAUACUACGACUCAAAGGCUGACACGGAAUAUGAUGAUCCAGAAGGAGAAGAAAUUGAAAGGGAAAAGUCCAAUUCCUUGAAGCUGGAUUUCAUAGAAGAUGAGAACUUUAAAACCAAAGUUAACUACUCUUAUGCUGCUGUACAGAUACCUACAGACAUCUACAAAGGCUCCACUGUAAUCCUCAAUGAGCUGAACUGGACUGAAGCUCUGGAGGACGUAUUUGUUGAAAAUCGAAAAGAAGACCCCUCUCUGCUGUGGCAGGUCUUUGGAAGUGCCACGGGAGUGACUCGUUUCUAUCCAGCCAGCCCUUGGAGGGCACCCAAUAAGAUUGACCUGUAUGAUGUCCGACGAAGGCCUUGGUACAUUCAAGGGGCCUCAUCUCCCAAGGACAUGGUGAUCAUUGUGGAUGUGAGUGGCAGUGUUAGUGGCUUGACUCUGAAGCUGAUGAAGACUUCAGUCUAUGACAUGCUGGACACACUAUCAGAUGAUGACUAUGUUAAUGUGGCUUCGUUUAACCAAAAAGCACAACCCGUAUCCUGUUUCAAGCACUUGGUCCAGGCAAAUGUUCGCAACAAGAAGGUCUUCAAAGAGAAAGUGGAAGUAAUGGAGGCUCAAGGAACCACAGACUACAAAGCUGGCUUUGAGUAUGCCUUUGAACAGCUGCAAAAUUCCAACAUCACCAGAGCUAAUUGCAAUAAGAUGAUCAUGAUGUUCACUGAUGGAGGAGAAGAUCGAGUGCAGGACGUCUUUGAGAAGUACAACUGGCCCAACAAAACAGUGCGAGUAUUCACCUUUUCUGUUGGGCAGCACAACUAUGAUGUCACCCCCUUGCAAUGGAUGGCUUGUGCAAACAAAGGUUAUUACUUUGAAAUUCCCUCCAUUGGGGCCAUCCGAAUUAAUACACAGGAAUAUCUGGAUGUUCUGGGAAGACCCAUGGUCUUGGCAGGAAACAAAGCAAAACAGGUUCAGUGGACCAACGUCUAUCAGGAUGCUUUGGGCCUGGGCUUGGUGGUAACAGGCACUCUGCCAGUGUUCAAUCUCACGGAGGAUGGCAACGGUGAAAGGAAGAACCAGCUCAUCCUGGGCGUUGUGGGAGUUGAUGUGGCCCUGGAUGACAUCAAGAAGCUGACACCUCGGUACAAUUUAGGGGCAAACGGCUAUAUAUUUGCCAUUGACCUGAAUGGAUAUGUUUUACUACACCCAAAUCUGCAACCCCAGAACAUCAAUUUCCAAGAGCCUGUGACCCUGGACUUCCUUGAUGCUGAACUAGAAGAUGAGAACAAAGAGGAGAUCCGAAGAAGCAUGAUAGAUGGCUUUAGCGAUCAGCGAUACAUCAGGACUCUAGUCAAGUCUCAAGAUGAGCGAUACAUAGAUAAAGUCCACAGGACAUACACCUGGGCACCUAUUAAAAGUACAAACUACAGCCUAGGCUUAGUGUUGCCACGCUACAGCACCUUUUACAUCCGAGCUAACCUAAGUGACCAGAUUCUCCAGGUGAAGUUACCAAGCAAAUUGAAGGAUUUUGAAUACCUGCUGCCAAACAGCUUUGAGUCCGAGGGACAUGUAUUCAUUGCUCCAAGAGAAUAUUGCAAAGACCUCAACUUGUCGAAGAACAACACUGAAUUCCUGGAAAACUUUAUCGCCCUCAUGGAAAAGGUGACGCCUGAUUCCAAACAAUGUGAUAACUUCCUCCUUCACAACCUUAUCCUGGACACAGGAAUCACCCAACAGCUGGUGGAAAGAGUAUGGAGGGACCAAGACUUAAACACGUACAGUCUCUUGGCCGUAUUUGUUGCUACUGAUGGUGGCAUCACCCGUGUUUUCCCUAACAAAGCUGCAGAAGAUUGGGAAGAAGACCUGGAGCCCUUCAAUGCCAGCUUCUAUCGGCGAAGCCUGGAUAACAAAGGCUACAUGUUCAAGCCACCUUGCCGGGAGCCUAGCUACCGAGGUCUGGAGCUAGAAAACAGCACAGUCGGGAUCCUUGUUAGCACACCUGUUGAGCUCAACUUCGGUGAUAAGCACCUGAAACCAGCAGUGGUUGGAGUGAAACUUGACUUGGAGGCCUGGGCAGAGAAAUUUAAAGUCCUUGCAAGUAACCGGACAGAAAGAGAUCAGCUGGGAACACGAAGAUGUGACCCUUCCACUAGCUGCGAGAUGGACUGUGAGGCUAAUUACAAGGACCUCCUUUGUGUGCUCAUUGAUGAUGGGGGGUUUUUGGUGCUCUCCAACCAAGAAGAUUACUGGUUCCAGGUUGGCAAGUUCUUCAGUGAGGUAGAUGCUCACCUGAUGUCUGCUCUCUACAACAAUUCAUUCUACACACGGAAAGAAUCAUAUGACUUUCAAUCUGUGUGUGCUCCAGAAGCUCCAAGCAACACAGGGGGUGCACCACGUGGGGUGUAUGUGCCUACGAUGGCAGACUUCCUGAAUCUGGCCUGGUGGACCUCUGCAGCGGCAUGGUCUCUGUUUCAGCAAUUUUUGUACGGACUGACCUACAGCAGCUGGUUUCAAACAGAAGACGUCACAGCGGAUAGCAUGGAGCCCAAGGAGACCAGCUGCAUCAUGAAGCAAACUCAGUACUACUUCAGUACAGUUGACUCUAUUUACAAUGCUAUGAUUGACUGUGGAAAUUGUUCCAGAUUGUUUCAUGCGCAAAGACUUGCAAGCACCAAUCUUCUGUUUGUUGUUGCUGAGAAGCCAAUAUGCAGCCAGUGUGAAUCCACCAAACUUCUCCAAGCAGAGAUAAAAGCUCCACCGGGAGAUCGUAAUCAGUGUGAGCUAGUAGAGAAGCCGCGGUAUCGAAAGGGUCCCCACAUUUGUUUUGACUACAAUGCAACAGAAGAUACUUCAGAUUGUGGCAGAGGAGCCUCCUUUAGACCUUCCUUGCGUGUCUUGUUAUCUCUGCAGCUGCUGUUCCUCUAUUUGACUGCCAGUCACCAUUCACUGCUCUUGACGUCUUGCCUUUGAAACAUCCAUUUAGUCUUGCCCGUCCAUUUUUGUUUUCUGCACCAUCUCCAUCCCCUCCAGACUUGCCAGAGGGAGGGGCAGAUGCCUCGUCCCAUCAACUCUGGUUACAUCUUGGCACCCCCUCAUGAGGACUGUUUCUCUCCUCCCUCGGACGUCCAGAAGCUCUGUCCAUUGUUCCUCGUUUCCCCACCAUCUUCUCCUCGCACUUCCAGGGUCUCUGCACAGCAGGUUGUGCUAACACAGAGCUCUGAGCAAGACUUGGGGAAGCACAAACCACCAUGACCCUCUUCACACAGUCAACAUCCUUGAGCUUUGAUUCAUUGCUGCUCCCCCUUCCACCCACUGAGCUAUUGGCCAAAUACAAAAGAACAGUGGCCUCAUACCUCCCCACACCUACCUUGCAUCCGUGGAAUUCUGGGAGACCUUUGUCAGUUUUCUUCAUUUUAUUGUCUUUAAAUAGUAUUUAAGCAACAGUGCUGACAAAUUACUAUUGUGUUUGAACAAUUUACCUUCAUAUCCCGAUCAUGCAAACAGCAGCAGCAACAAAAAUUAGAUGCAGUAAAAAAAAAAAAGAUAUAUUCUUGCCAAAUUGGUUCUGUAGUUUAGUUAACUUCCAGCCAAUUCCGAUGGCUUAUCAAAUUCAAAAUAACCCUAGGAUGUCACUGCAGCAUCUCCAUUCCACCCAGUUCACUCUGUGCUUUCCAGGGUCAUUGUUGCUUAGUUCCUCAUUAGUUAGAUGCCAUUUCAAAUCAAUUUUUAAACUACUAUUAUUAUUUUUAGCCUGAAAGUUUUAAUCUAGAUCUUUCUACAUCUAAUUCUCAAGCAUUUUGCCCAACAAAUUAUAGUAUGAAUUGUCAGCAACAAAGAGACACAAAGAAAAACAAAGGACUUAACUUGAACAUUAUGGUCAGUAUUAUUUAUUUAAACCAAUUAAUUCCAUGCUAAAAGAUGUUAAAAGAGGAAGCAGGAAGAAGUGUGCAGAGCUUUACAUGCACACCAUUCUGCACAUGGUUUCAGGAUACGGUGGCUUUGGCAAAACAAAUAGCAAGAUACUGUAAUUCUAGUGAGAGAACACACAUGAUCCAAACGCAGUAGUUCCUGACUCCAAUCUUUUCCUUGCCUUUCCAUUCCUUAUUGGGCUCAGACCUCUUUGAGUCAAUCAGGAAAUUAAUAUACAUAUUAUCUUAGAGCUGCAGAGCUGGAAGGGACCCUAUAGAUCAUCGUUGCCCAGCCCUUUGCAAGGAAUGCCAGUGGGGAAUUGAACUCCCAACCUCUGGAUCUGCAGUCAGAAACCUAAACCACUGAACUAUCCAGCAGUUCUAGACCAUCGAUUUUCCACCCCCAAAUCAGUUUCUGCAGUAUCUUGCCCUCAAAGUAAGCCAAUGGUAGAACUGGUCGAGGUAAAGACAAAAAUGCCCUCCUCUCUAGUUCAUGCUGUCCCAUUCCUACUCAAGGAGAUUGUCCACCGCUCUGGCAACCGCAAUCUGUGUCAAACUAAACUAAGAAGGUGACAGCCAAAGGUUUUCUUCCUGGGCUUUUCGGUAGAAGCUUAAUUGCUCCUCACAGUUCACCCUGCACUGAGCCUCUAAAAGGACACGUUUUGCAGAGAGCGAAUUCCCAUCAACAACCACACACUUUAGCAAGGUUCAGGCGGAAGUGUUCUACACCACAAGGAAAGCGCUCAGAACACCUCUCACUCAGCUCAAACCCACAGAACACUUCAGGUGGCUGUGUAGGCACACAUUCCAUGGAUGAAACUGUUAUUCAUGACAGCAACCGCACAAUCCGUUCCCAAUUCUGAAGUGAGUUUAAACUUAGAACUUGUCGACCAGUCUUUUCCAAAGCUGCCUGUUUAGGACAAGUUGCCAGCCUUUGUGCCUCCUGCUUGUGCCCGUUCCGUAAUAAACAUACUUUACCAUUGAACACAAACUGAGAGGUGUAGUGCCCUCGCCAGGCCACUCCAGAAUUUCUUUCUCCUCUGACCAAUGUUCCCCCCCCCCCUCGGUACAUGGCCUCUGCACUUGGAAGUGGCCAGCAAAAUGAGAAGGAUCCUCUCGUGCUUCUGCUUCAUGCCAGAGCCACCGCCUGACAUUUACUUCGGGGCAAUGGGAAGAGCUGUAUUAUACAGCACAGUAUGACACAACUUUCAUCAGUGGGAGCAGUUAAAUGCUAAAACGGUAACCGUGACGGUCUUUCCCUGCAGCACAGGGCGUUUGGAUGGAGCAUGAUGAAAUGGUGUGCCCAAUGAUGCACUUUAUUUUGACCUCACGUGCUCAUUUCUUCAACCAAAAGCCUUUACCAGUGAAUUCUUCUAAAGCCUGAACACAACCUGCUGUGUUAUGUGUCUCAUGUGCUUUUAUUAGUAACACUGAUGUGUGUGUUUCCAAGCAAAGAAAGCAGCCUUGUUUGAUUAACUCCUUCUCAAUGUGUUUGGAAGGGACCUAUCUGUGAUCCUGGUUUUGUCCUUUAGUACGACAUCAACAUUUUGGGGUCUAAAUGAAGUGUACCAGACUCCUGUAGUGCCGUUACAAAUCAUAUGAUGUGGUCUCUGCCAGGACAGAUGAAUAUCUACAAAUGUGGCAAGUACAGAGUGAGAGGCUCAUACACUUAAAAAGAAUUCAAUGCGCACUAUCCUCAGCAAAGCUGAGAUCAACGUUACCUGAAGGAGGAUUGUGAAAUUGGGAGUACUUGUUUGAUUUCAAUCAUGAAAUUGUCUAAGAAAUAAGGUGCAAACACGUGCAACUAAGAACUGAGAAUUGUGCCGGGGGGGGAGGGAUUUGAGAGAUCUAGAAGUAGACCUUUGGUACACAUUUUGUGCAGUGUGCGUGCUUUCUUUCCAGUAAUUUUCAUCCUUAAGAAGCAGAAGAAAUGAGUUUCUCCAUCUUCCAGAAUACUGCAGCUUCCCACUUUCUCUACUGACGGCUGUCCUUCCCGUACUGCCAACUGGAUAAUGUACAUUCCAAAUCAUCUCUCCAAAAAGAUCAUGCCUUCCAAAUUUCUCACUAUUAUUUUUUCCCAGCUAGCUGAUAGAAUGAAACACUGUUGAUGCUAAGCGUUAAGAAUUCUGCUUCAACAGUCUUGUAUAAGUUUCUGGAGACAUGAUCUGGGAAGUUAUUAAGAGCUCUACCUGAAGUACAGUAGCUAGAGUACUACUAUUCCUUGAAUAUACUCCCAAUAAUAAUCAGUUGCACCGGCAGUGGACGUGCUCCCAGUAUCUCAUUAGACUCUUCUGAGCAAAGACUGCCAAAUCGUGCCAAACUGUGUGAUUGUUUUGUGAUGUGGGCAACUGUCUGUAAUGUGCUUGGCUGAAAUAAUCCCCAUUCCAUUCCACUUUAGUCUGACUUAAACCAUAGUCUGCCCUUAUGCCAUUCAACCUGUGAUUCUGUAUGGCUAGUGCUCUGGAAUCACUGUAUAUUCAUAGGGAAUGCCUCAUAAGUAGCAGAUAUGGAAGAAAGGAGAAUGCUGGAACCCAAAGCAUUGUGAACAUUAUUGCAUGUUGAGCAGUGCCAGCAGAUGGACAAGGGCCUGCAGUUUGCCAUCUGUGCAAAGAGAGUCGGCUUUAUAAUAAAGCAUUUUCUGGCUUUUGAAUGUCUUACCAUGCUGGCAGUAUGGAUACCUGCUUUCUUCUUGAGCAGCCACAAGGCUCUGGCUAGUAUCCUAGUUGGGGGCAUAAUAGAAAUCAUAUAAGAUUUCUCUGGCUCCGGCAGAGCCCUUGUUGCAUGACUAACCAUGUUAAGUCAGCUGCGCAACUAGUCUUACAAUUUGUCCAAUGCUAAGCAUGCAAAAGGCAGCCUGCCAAAGCACGGGGGUUGCUGUGAUCAGUGAUUACCUAACUCAACAGGAUACCAGUAGCCAUUGUUAUGCACUCAAGAUGUAAUUUAAUGUCUAUGGGCUCAAACUGAAGGCAUUUUUGGUUAGUGUUUUCACUUUGGCUGGUGCCAUGAUAGAAGUUUUCUAUCUUGUGUAUACCUUAACAAAGCCUAUUCAUAAAUCUUCCUGUGAGGAAAAUUCAGUCUUUUGUAUGUAUUAAGAGCUGCACUAGUUGCCAAGGAAGAGUUUUAAAAGGACAAAAGGGAAGGGGGGAAGGGGAAGCAGGAUGCUUAGCAUCCAUAAUCAGAGUAGAUAUACCUGUAGUUCAGAAUUCCCCCAUCUCUUCUACACCCUACUUUUCAAAACAAGACAUACAUGCCACUGAUCGAAGCAGAUUCAGUAUUGCCUGUGCCCCCUCUUCAGAUGGGGUCCACAUUUUCUAAAAUUAAUUAAUGUCUUUUAACAGUUUGAAUAGUUAAAAACACAUAAUCAUACACACACAUUUUUUUAAUGAAGCAGAAUCAUCAUCAUCUGUAAUGUUGGGAACCUGCAUGAAGGGACAGAUUAGUUAACAGAGUCAGUGAUUCCAAUCAAUCAAGGCUAUGAAAAGUCGGCACGGUUACGACUUGGUGGCAAAGCUGUGGGACAGAGAGGGAUUAUGGGAACCUCUAAUGGAUGAAUUGCUCGAGAUCAGUUGUAGCUCCUAUGAAUCAGCAGUUGUAUAGCAUUACAAGACACAAAUGGGACAGGCUCCCAGUGACUUGCUGUUUCUCUGAAGCUUCUUGCCUAUAAUGUUGGCCCUGUUCAUUUAUAGGUUAGACAUUUCAUUGAAUUGUAGCUCAUAGCUAUGGCAUUUGUUCAACUGAAGUCGCAGUGCGUUAAACCUCCAGAACACCCUGCAGAGAUUAUGAAGUUGAAUUACCUGGUAACCUGUCUCACUUAUUUCUGUAUCUCCAUACGGUGUAUCUAUCCCACUGGGAGCUCUAUACUUUCUGGCACCUGGUUUUGGUCUCCUUUUCAAAGGGGAGUGAAGACUGAACAGAGAGCACGAGAGGGGAUGGAAGGCUGCCAUGCGGCCCCACAUCAGAAAAAGAAUACAGGUUGCAACAUAGCACAUUUCCCACUUUUAGCCCUGCACUUAUCAUGAUCAGACCUAGUCACUGAAAGGGGCUCAACCUCUUGAUUAACCAACCAGGCAGGAUAUCAGGCAGUCCCAGAUAGAAUGGAAAUGCUGCCCUGCAUCCCACUCUUUUAAUUGAUCUCUACAGAAGGCAAGUUUAUGUACCACUGGUUGGAGGGGGAGGCAAAAAGGGCUCCCUUAUCCAUUAACUCACCCCUUAACUCAAUAGUAUCCUUUCCUCACAUUUUAUUGGAUGCAAGAAACAAAAGUCCUCACUAGGUUGCAGAGCCAUAAAAAGGGCAAGUGUAUGGAUGGUGAACUAUUCCUAAAAUGAGAACAUGUUCCGAAUUCAAUCCUGUUGGAUGUUUUUUUUUAAGUGCACUUUGUUUUAUUUUCUGUUGGAAGAUUGGUGUUUGUGCAUGAGCUGAUGGCAUUGCUGUAUGUGCAGGUCUAAGAUUUGAGUGAUUCCUUGAUUAUUCCUAUGCCAAAAUCUUCCAGUGGACAUAUAAACAGGGGGAUAUGGCUGAUCUAGGCAACCACAUCUUUCCAAAUUGCUGUUCAGAAUGUAAAUGUGGGCUGGAAAAUCCACUCCCCACAAACCUUGUACUAUCUGUAGAAUAUCUUAGAUAUUCAAUAGUCGGUUAUGUCCCCAACAGUCAGAAUCAUCUUAUAUUAACAUCAUGUCUUCCUCCAGGCUUUAUUUCAGCUUUGCCCACUGAAGGUAGAUGCAGAUGGUAUUGAGAAAUAUAGAAAAGCAGGUGGGGUGGGACAGGUCAAAGGCUGUCUAACCUAGCUGCUUAGGUUUUUUCCCUCCAGCCUCAGAAGAGAGUAGCCUCAUAAUGGAACUACAUCCCUCAGCUUUUAAAGUGGUAAAACAGUAUCCAGAAAGGAAAGGAAAUAUCAAAUAAGAGAGAUUUAAAGAAAUAUUGAAUGAUUAUUUAGAAUUGGCAAAGAACAAAUUGCAUAAAUAGUAGGGGGAAAUUUGGGCAUCAUGCUGAUUUCCUGAAUUCUGUAGUGCUGUAAAAGGCGUCUAGGGGUGAAUGAAAUUGCACAAGGUUGAGAAGCUUACAGAGCAACAGAUACGACUUAGUAUGGGAAAAUUUUAGCUGAAGGAAGCCAGCAAAAGUUUUGAACUAAUCAGCUCCACCUAGGGUUUCUCCUUAUAGCAGACUGUAGAGCACUAGGUAAAGGUUGGCUCAACCAUUCCUGUAUGCCAGUUUGGUCUCAGAGUCAGCAAUGCUGAGAUAUAGCAGUAAUCCACACCACCUAAGAUGCCCAGUCCAUUUCAAAGUGUGCUUGAGAGAAACAAGUUGUGAUAGGAUAGGAGGGUGGAAAAAGGGAAGGGGGAAGUACAUGAGCCUGACAUGAGUGUGAAAAUCUGACUCCCGAGUCAAAGGGGCAGGAAAGUGAUUAAUGAAUAAAGACAAGGUUAAUUAAAGGUCAUUUUGCUUGUAGCUUUUUCCGUGUGUGUUUGGUUAUGUCUAUGGGAACCGUGCUUUGACCAGAUGGCUGGCUCUGUGUUACCAGGAGUGUGUGUAAAUCUGUAGUCUAGUCAGGUGCUGCUCAUUUGAGAAAAAUGAAAAAAAAG